CGAUCGAAAUUUAAGCGUCAAAACAAACAUUCUACGUGGCACAGCGUUUCUCCUUUUGGCGUUUGUGUUCUGUUUUAGGGCCAAAAGUAUUUGUAGAAUAAUUACAAGUUGGCAAGAAAGGGAACUUGUAAGUCUGUCACGUAUUACAAGUACGAUAUAACGAAGUGAAGAUGUUUGGGGUUCAGUUAAAAUUAUUGUCAGUUUUGAUGGUGAUGCUUAUUCUACAAGAACCACAUGUCUUUCAAAGCUGCGAGGCGAGCGACACAUCUCUGCGGGAUUUGCGAGGAAACAGAGGCACGUGGUGGGGGAGGCGGUGUUCGGGCGGCGGCGACGGCCACGACUUCGACGAAAACGACUCGCCUGGAGGGAGGGGGAGGCGGAGGGGAGCAGGAGGAGGAGGAGGAGGAAGAGGAGGAGGAGGAGAAGGCGGUGGCGAAAGACGACCCACUGACCGAGGAAAGGUGGAAGGGCGAGGGGGCGGGGCCGAGGAACCUCUCCGAGACCAGCGAGCCCUACAGGAGCGGCUCCGCCACGCGACCUCAGCGCCGCCAGGACUUCACUCCGCCACCAUUGCUAGCGAACGUCCUUCUCUUCUCCUCGUUCUCCUCCCUUCAGCGCCACCAUUCCUCGACGUCGCCCCUGUCCCCGCCGUCGUCUUCGUCGUCGCCGCCCUCUGCGACAGGGAGCCUCGCCUCCACGCCCAGAAGUUGGGGACUUCUGGUUGAGGUUGAGCAGACAUCUUUUCCUCUCACUUGGAGGGCCUCGGGCAUCGUGUCCGCGACUCCACCUCUUUGCCAAAGGAGCCCAAUCAUCUCUCCUCCUCCUCCUUUGACCUCAAGCUCGUAUGUUAUCGGAGGGACGCCCUUGGUCACCGACGACGCCAAGGGAGAGGCCCCGUCCGCGCCCAUAUACCGCACGCUGGAACCCGAGCACUUCUUUUACAUGACGAAUCCCCCCUCGUCGGCAGGACUCGCAAGCCACGACGAAGGGCGGCUCGACGACGCUGGGGCAAGUGGGCCUGUGGUUCUCACGUCCUCAAAGCGAGUCCUCGACGAAGGAAGGGGAAGGGUAUUGCAGGAGAACCUCAGGGCAUCGCACUCAUCUCCAGACACCAGCAUCCUUUAUCCCAAGACGCGGUCGAGGGCGCCGUCGCUAAGCGGAGUGCAGCGCCAACAACGCCAGCGAAAGAGGUCCUCAAACGCCCUCCAGGGGGCACCUCCUUCCCACGCAUCGCUCACCACCUUUCCAGGAUUAGCCUUCCAAAAUCUCUCCUCUUCCUCUUCCUCCUUCCUCUUUCCCUCAAGUGUUUUCGUUCCAAAGACUGUUGUUGUUCCUUCCCACAUGGUUUCUCGAGGGGCCGAUUUGCCGCAGAAGACGAAAGGUCGGAACAGUGCAAGCAGGGUACAGGCACAUAUUGCAGUCUCGCUCAUUGCCCCCUCAACCCCCAUCCUCAGAGAAUACUCCUCCGGCUCAGUCACUCAAACCCAUAGUAUAAUGCAUGGGGCACUUGAAGGUUCCUCUCCUUAUAUGCCUCAAGUAAAGGGUGCAGAAGAUUAUCCAAAAUCCAGGUGGUUCCCUUACCACAAGGAGAGGCUGGAUGAGGGCAGAGAACAUUAUGUAAAGUUGGCAGAGAGGGAUAGCAGUCUGGAUCAUCUUGGACUUCAUGAUGUCUCGAGUCCCUACAGUUCCUUUGAAGAUGUCACCGCAUUUAGAACUCGUGAAAUUAGUACGGGCACAAGUGAAUUUUUCGAUGGAGGACAUGAGGUCCCUUGUCGAGGCUGUGCCACCCUGGGACUCAAAGCAGAUGACAUGAUAGCAAACCCCAGCACCAUAGUCCUCACCUCGUCACACCUCGCAUUCCCAGAACCCCAAACCAGAAGUAUCACCCACUUGGCAGAUUUCCCUACGGAAGAUGGCGAUACUUCCAACACUACCAGCUCUUUGGGGAGAAACAGCACCUCUGAAAUUCCUAUAACAGUGCCUCCCCUAGAAGUCCCAGAGCCUAGCACGAAAUUCCACUCCAUCGGCCACAUAAGGUCGUGCAUCAUUGAGACGAGGGUGAGUGUCCAUCACCACGAAAUACACACCCAUCAGCAAAUUUGGAGCAGUGCUUCACCUGUAUGGUUCCCCGAGCCACAGACCAUCGUGAGGCACCGGGCAGAGGAAGCAUUGUCUAGUGAGGACCUGGUUCAGGCUCUCACUCUUGAGAGUAGCCUCAGGAGCUAUCCAGAUGUCACAUUUUGGACUCAUGAAAUGAUCACACCCAUGACGACAGUCUAAGCUCAAUGUGAGGGUGUUGUUUUUUUCUUUCUUUCUCUUUUUUUCAAAUGGUCUGAAGAAUUAUAUGGUCAUCUAUACACAUAUCUAUAUAUAUUUUUUUAAUAUGAGUGAAUUCACACAUACACAGUUAACUGAUUGCCAGUGCUUUCAUCCACCCACAGAACAGGGCCAUUCCUUUCCACCUGCACAUAUAAUCUCAUGUUCUGUCGUAAGUUCAUGCAUUCCAUGCCAUUAUUUGAGUGGCUGAUUUUUAAUAUUGAUGUUCUACACAAAUAAUUAUUAUUGUUAUUAAUCUCACAUAUAAUGAGUCAUCAGUAUAUUUGAUCUCCUAUGCAAUGCAUCACUAUUAUUCUUCAUAUCAUCUUAAUAAACAUAAUCAUGGCUAUUCAUUUUUCACCUUCACAUUUACACAUUUAUCUAGAUGCCAUUCUACAACAUGAGUGGGCAUGAUAGGGGGCACAAAGGCAAGUACCUGCAAAGGUGAUGUCACAGGUAACAAAACAAUGGUGAGUAGUUUGGCCGCCUGUAAACGUGUGUGUUUUUCCUCUCCAAUUGCAAUUUCUGUCUCAAAAUUGCCUCUUCUACCUCAUCUUCUUUUCCUCAGUUCAUAGGUGUGCUGCAAGGCAGUACCUUCCUUGCUAUUAAUGGCUUAAGUUUCAGUCCUACCACCAGGUAUCUGGUCCUCCUUUUAUGUGGAUGAUUAGUCAUUUUUGCCACUGGCCAUCCACACCUGCUCUCCAUCAGCUUCUCCAAUCUGCAAUAACAUUGAUAUCUACUCAGGCCACUGGCCAUGGCUUUCACUUUUCUACCUCCAGAUCCUUUUCCAUUCUUUUUUUCUUGCUCACAUGUAGGUGCCCACUUUCUUUAUAUGAUGCUCUGUUCCAGUCUUGUCCCUCUAGAAAGUUUUUUGAUGUCAUCUUUGCCUCCCAAGCUGUCCUGGCGGGACCAUAUCCUUUCCAUUAAAGAAAAAGCCUGUCGUCACCUUCAACUCUUGCAGACUCUCCAUAUAUUGGGGUUCAGACUGCAAAUUUUUCCUCCAUUUUCAUGUUACCCUGAUCCUCUCCACUCUUGACUAUAACUACCAUAUCUAUUCUUCUGCCUCCAUUUCACUUCUUGCUCACCUUGAUACAGUCGUCCAAUGUGGUAAUGCUCUUCCGCUCUUCCCCGGUUGAAAGACUGUAUGAUGUGUAAAGUUCUCCCUUCCCAUUCACCCUUUCCUCAUCUCCGACCCAUCCUUUUUCUGAUCUUUCAUUCCCUCCUUGGCUUAUGCCAUCCUCCUGUAUUAGCUCCUCCAUUUUAUCUAAUCUCCUUUAACCCCUUUCCAUUUUACUAAUCCCACCUUACCCCCUUUGAUCACCCUCUUUAUUCAUUUCACAACUAUACUUUCUUGCCUUUAUGUCUAGCACUUUGUUCAAACCAUUGACUGCCUUCGACAUCAUCUCUGCCAUGCCCGCCGGUCAUAUCUGUUUGUGUGGACAGUCCUUAUAUAUCUUUUAUAUGCAGUUUGAGCAGCAAGUAAAUAGUUGGUUGUAUGAACAACAUUAUCAUGUGUGCUUGAAACAUUAAUAGUUUUUUAAUGCAGAUAUUUAUUUAUGGUAAUGAUACUUAAUGUUUGUUGAACAAUGAGCCACCUAGAUUUUAGAAGUUUAAAUAAACAUUCAGUCACUGUAGAAUUUUGUUACAUCUUGACUUGGCAAUCUAUUUUUAUCCACUUGAAGCUAAUGGAACAAAAUUAGGUUUUUGAAGAAAAAAAAAAAUACUAGCCAGUUCUUAGAAUGCUAUAGCAAAUAAUGAACACAUUAUUCUCCUAAUCUUCUGUACUUUCAUUAUUAUUAUUAUUUGCAUUUAUUUAUUUGUUUUUAAAUUUGCUGUGUGAAGCUGCAAUUUGGCUUAAAUAAAACGGGUUGUGAAUACUCACAUUGAAGAUUAUAAAUCAGAUUUUGUUGUACCCUUGAUAUUCUGUGAUUUUGUUUUCAUGAAAUUUGACCGGAAGGGAAAGAAAAGAAAUGUUCUGUCCACGUAAAUAAUAAAAAGAAAAGAAGAAGAAAAAAAAUAUAUAUACAAACAC